GGCUUGGGAAGAGGGUUAAAAACAUGAAGUCGUGAAGAGCCGGAGCCAGUCACGCUGGUGCUGUGCGCGAGGCAGACGAUCUUUCGGGCUUGAAACGGCGCCGAGAUCGUGCAGAUAGAGUCACGGGGGCAGCGCUACCUAUACUCCGCGCGCAGGUCGGCGGCAUUGUAAAAGCGGGCGAGACGGGGGUGGUAGGAGGAGAGAGCCAGCGAGCGAGCAAGUGAGAGAGAGAAGGAAGGACCUUUUAGCUAAAAGGCACUGCAAGUCUGACUAUCUGCUGUGUGUGGGAAGUUGUGUGCGCCACGGGGCCAGGCGACUCGGUAUUAAGCAGCGUGCCGCAAGGGGGGCACGCGUGGCGCGGCUGUUUGCGGAAAGAACAGAGCGAAAGGAAAGGGGGACCUCUUGGUUGUAGAACACGGCUAACACAUCAACAGAGGGAGCAAACAAUUCCGAGGUCUGUAACCCUUUGGCUGGUGCUGUGGCGAGCACAGCCUCGACAGCAACAUCACCACGCUUGUGGCGGUGCGAGGGAUGAACAUAAAGGAGGAGAAAGGCACGAAAAAACAAGCCGGGUAGAUGCAGCAACAGACCUGUGCCGGACGAGAUGGACUCACAGUGAGAGUGGACACGACGGGGCCAGGCAGGGGGGAAAGUGUAUACUGUAUGUACUUGUGGGCCUUCGACACGGACGCGAGUAACUUGGAGAUCAUUCAGCUGUGAUCAUACAGUGUGUUGGCGCGCGCGCGUGUGUGUUCGUGCGUCUGUCGUGUGCUACUCGGCGGCGUCACUGAGAAGUGGUGAGUGGUGGUGGUGGUGGUGGCAACAGCGGGGCCAGCCAUCCUUUGGCGUUGUGGCUCCACAUCCGUGCAACCAUGGCCACCAGAUUUCUUCUGCUGUGUCUGGAAGGAAGUUUACUUUUCACGAUAUGUCGAGGGGCCAUAAAAUGCGACUGCAGCACGGAGGAAUGUCGCGCCGAGGACCGGCCGCACUGCCUGGGGGCUCACGCGUGCUACUCGCAGUUCUACAUGGGCAAGCUGGAGCGAGGCUGCAUCGAUGAAAGCUCGUCGCUGCUGUGCGAGAACCGGAAACCGUCCAAGGGCCACAUCUACGACUGGCCGUCGCUCUUCUGCUGCAGCGACCGCGACUUCUGCAACCGCGACGUCGUGCCCACCUUUCCCACCGCGCCGGACGCAGAAGAGGAAUCCGACACACCGAACCCGGAUUCUCCAGUUGUCAUUGGCAACCAGCCUCCGACGCCAGUGAAGUGUCAAAGCGGGCAGCAGGACGGGCUGGACUCCGGCACCCAGAGGACCAGCCCUCGUUCCGGCGGCGUCAUCAACCCCAUCUACAUCGCCGUGCCGGUGGCCGGUGUGUGCGUGCUGCGCCUCAUCAUCUUCGCCAUGUACCUCCUGCGCCGCCGCAACGGUCACUACGACAGCUACCACCACUACCACGAGCAUCUGCCCACCCUCGGCCAUGGUCUCAAGCAGGGCGGCGGCGGCGGGGUGGGACUCGCCGUCAAUGGGGUAGCAAGCAGUGGUGGUAGUGGUAGUAGUGGAAAUGGGAGUGGUGGUAGUGGUGGUGGUAACGGAGGAGGAGGAGGUGGAGGUUGUGGAGGAAUCAGCAGCGGGGGACUGCCCUAUUUCCACCAUCACCAUCAUUGUGACUGCGUGUGUAAGAAGACUUUGCCGCCUUGCAGUGGAAAGGUGAACAGGUGCACAGACAGUGAACGUUCUUCGUCCGGAAGCGAGACGAAAUUUUUCCUCCAAGCGUAACCACCCUUCCCCUUCCACACACCCUUCAAAUUCUUUAAGAGAGCAGCGCCCACGUGAUCUUAAAAAAAAAGACAUCACAUAAUAAUAUGUUGUGGCCACGCGCGUUUGCUCGAAUCAUAAACACUUGCACGUUCAACAUGAUUGAUGAGGCUGAUGUGAGGGAUGAGUCAAGGUGACAGUCCUCCCUCACUAGCCGCUGAAUAUGCUCAACACGUGGGAGAGGUGAAGGAUGUCUGUAUACCUGAAGACGGAAACAUUUAUUUGUGAGGCUACUCGUGUGAAGCAGAAUAAAGUCUGUCGCCCCACACAGCAGGAGCCUUUAGCUGGAGUAAACAAUAAACAAUGAGACCUCAAUAAUAUUUGUGUCAUGAAGCCAGGAGGCAGCACAAUAAUGGUCGGAUGGGGGGUUUGGGGUCGACAUUUUUAUUUUCUCGGGAUAUUCCUGAUCCCUUAGGCAUCACAAAAUCAAAUCUUAAUAUUUGCCUGUUUGGACCAAAACAAAUUGCAACUGAAAUAUAAAAGUUGAAGAGGUGGGCUGUAGAACUGUUGGCCACGAGCUGGCCCCCUGUUAGACUAUGACAUCAGAUAUUGCUACGGUCCAGCAGUAAGUAUUCCUAGGACUUCAUUGGCGUUCCUUACUGUGCAUCAUACAGAAAACUUCUCAAACGGGUUUGGCGAUGUACACUAUGGACAUUAUUGUCGCAGUGAAGCAGAAUAUGUACAGAGCAAAAACUAUUCCUCCUGCCAGUGAUAGGUUGCCCUGGCCAAACUCCUUAUUUCACUUGCUUUUGAUGUUACAGGAACAGUCUUUUUUUCAGGGGAAAAAGUUCGUGAUAUAGUGCAUUUCAUUUUAAACCAAUGAUUUUAAGCAGCUGAUUAGCUGGGUUGGGGUGACAAAUUUUUCAGGUCCAGGGCUGGGUGUACACCAUGCCUCUACGCACGGGUUGGAUGGCUAGUGCCUGGAAAAGUUAGCUAAAGCAUUAAUAUUUUAGCUCCCAGUUAAAUAUUAGCCCUCCAGCCAGUGUUUAGCGGCGCGGAGUGCAUCUAAUCCCAGAUUUCUAAAGCUGAGGCUCCACUGCCGCAUCUCUGACACUACGGGAUGAUGAGGAGACAAUAGGCUGCUCAUGGGAUUUGACAGGGGAUUAGAACCUUGACUGGGCGCAUUUUGCUGUGCAGUCGGCAAUUUUUUUAAAUAGAGUUUGUUUUAUUUAUUUUUUAUUUGUUACGCUCUGUGACAAGCAGCGGCGACAGCAUGACGCCCUCCGUGCGUGCCACGUGCCGGUUCGUGUCUCCUCUCUCCCCCCUGACCCCCACCAAACCACUCCCCACCAGGAACGCUGACGUCGCAGGGGCUGGGACGUGGGUGGAGGGCGGAGAGUUCAGCUGGGGACGCGCGUGCUGGAACUUGUCUGAAAAAGGGAGGGGGCUACCCCUCCCCUAUUACCUCCUGUGAUUGAUUAUGCAGUCCAGAAAUUGCAUUGACAGUUUGUGUGUGUGCGUGCGCGCGCGUGUUUGUUUAAGUAUGUAAAGUAAUUGAAUACGUGGGUGUAUGACAGAUGCAUGGUUUUCGGUGGUAACAUUGCCACCUCCUACCCCACCCAACCCCACUCUUUUAUGAAUUUUUAUUCAAUAUUUCAGUGUGGCGAACUGGAGAGGAAGGGAGGGAAGAGAGUUCUCUAUAAUGUCUCUUAGUGGUAUUUAACGCAAACGUUGUUAACAUAAAUGAAUAUUCCAGCGAGAAAAUAUAUUUGCAUCAUUGCUUUUUUUGGUUGUGUGUGUGUUUGUGUGCGCGCGUGCUUACAUCCGUGUUGGUUUGAGAGACUGUAACUGCAAUAAAAAUUGUAUUGUAAAAGACUUGUACAGAUAAAACUAAUUGUUGACAGAAUGGCUGAAGACUUUUUGUGUGAUCAAAUUGCAAUAUGUGUAAAUAUUGAGUUUUGAAUGUAAAGAAACUGCCAUAGAUUCUGUUUCUUAUUUUCUGUACUUUAUUAUUGAGACAUUUGCAUAUUUCAAGAAUAAUGCCUCCUGACAUUUUCUUACCCCUCCGUAAUCAAACACUUCUGUGCAGAAUCUGAUAGUGAACCGGUGAUUAAAAACCCUGUUUGCGAACUUGACUUCUGGCAUGAGCAUGUGCAACAUUUUAAUCAACCUGAAAUGCUUUGGGACAAACCAGUUUUUCGAGUGUUAUGAAAUGGUCUGAGAUCGAUGAAGCUAGAAAUCAGAGAAUGGAAAACUUUGGUUUCCCCCAAAAGAGGAUCAAUAAAUUUUUUUUAGAUUUCUUCUUCUUUAACUGUAUGGUUAACUGGUGGUCAAGAUGUCUGUUUGCGUUGAAACCAGUGUUGAAAAUUUCAACUUGUCAACGCAGGAGCCGUGUGCUAAGCACUGUAGCUAUUGAACUUGUCAUAGUGGAACUCGACACUUGGAGCAAAGCAUUUAGCUAUUUAACUUCUCAUACUAAAACACAACACGAAGUGAGAGUCCUGAACUGAGAAGUGUUCAAUGAUUCCGUCAGGGUUGUCCAAGAUUUUCUGACAUUCCCUCUUUCUCUGUGGUCCUCCCGAUACACUGGCUGACAACGGAUCACGUGCUCGCAUCCCUGAGUUCAGUCGCAGUACCAACAAAAACGAUUGGUCAGAGGUCGGAAGAAGGAAAAAAUGAUGAUUUGAUGCUUUGUGCUUUGCUUCAGGUCUCUUUGCUGUCGAGUGCCAAAACCUUAAAUACACAAACCACCUUUCUUUUCUGUGUACAUCUUUUAGUAGUCAGAAUUUUAGAGCUUUUGCAAUGACAUCGACUGCAAAAUCUGACUCGGUUAUAAAGAAGUAGUCCAUCUAAAACUGCCAAAACUUGUAAUUUAUACAAUUGUAGGACCGUAAGCCAUGGUUGCUAAGCAUUCAGAACACGUGACAUGCUAACCCGAAACAUCUCGAGAGGCUUUUGCGUUUUGAUGAAAGGUCAAAUAAUGGAGCCUUUCUCUAGGUUACUGAGCAAAGUUUUAUCUGAAUUUGUAUUUAAAAAUAAAUUAAUGUUUAUAUGAGUAAAGUGGCCGGGGCAAAAAUUUCUUUAAAAAUAAUCCUAGUGCAUGAUUUACAUCCAUUUGAACAAAAAGAUGUUAAGUUAAUUAAGUUUACAGGAAGGACUAUCGCAAAAAUUUUUUUAAAAAAAACACUCUAUCUUUCCAUCACCUUUAAAGCUGUCAGGUAAUUUAACACGAUUUAAUUCAAGGAUUCGCGAUGCUUUGUCCACGACAAGUAAAUAAAGAUUACAAAAUGUAACUUUUAUUUCCAGCAGUUCGUGGUAAAAACAUGCGUUUGUUUGCGAUACAUUUUUGUUAAUUAAUUGUGGGAUAACGAUGUCAAUCGUGGGUUCUAUCUGUGCGGGGGAACAAGAGACCAGCAGGUAGCACCAAUACUGUCUGAUGAAGUCGCUUGUCAGUAAUUGACUCGAUUGACAUCUGCUUUUCUCCUCCAUUUCAGCCCCAGUCUCUUUGCUUCCCUCAAUAUUUCACAGUGAUCUUUCCCGCCUCUCGCCCCCUUUGCACUUCUUGCUUCUCUCGCAGCUUCCUCUCAGACCACCCGCAGAUGGCGUCGGCAGAAAAUUAUUCAACACCCACCCCACCUUCCCCAAGUCCAAAAAAA